UACUUUUUAUAAUUCUCGUAAGCGACAGUAUUUACCCGGAAGUGGACAUUUCUGUUUUGUUUUGGGGAAAGGAGAACACCUAAUUGAAGUUAAAAUGGAUCUAUAUGAUCAACACGAUGAUGGUCCUGGAUUCGUUGGAAUCAAGUUUUGUAAAGAAUGCAAUAACAUGCUGUAUCCAAAGGAAGAUAAAGAGAGCAGGAAUCUUCUGUAUGCUUGCAGAAACUGUGACUACCAACAGAUUGCAGAAAACCCUUGCAUAUAUGUGAACAAAAUCACUCAUGAAGUGGAUGAGCUGACACAGAUUAUCGGUGAUGUUAUCGCUGACCCUACACUGCCUCGGACAGAUGACCAUCCAUGUCCAAGAUGCGGUCACAAGGAAUCAGUCUUCUUCCAGUCUCACAGUACCCGUGCUGAGGAGGGGAUGCGGCUCUACUAUGUGUGUACAAACAGCCAAUGUAUUCAUCGCUGGACCGAAUAAUCGCUUUGUGGAUAUUUUUAUUGUUCAUUUUUCCUCACAGACAGUUUAAAAUUUCAUUUUAGACUAGCAUAUAAAUGUCAUGUUGUUUUCUUAGUUGUAAUGAUAAUAAUUACUUUCGUGAUUUUUGGUAUUCAAUAUAUAAAUGUGUUCAAUACUAUUGAACAUAUUUAUAUCAUUGUCAUUUCAUUGUAAAAUGUGUAAUAUUAUUUACAAAACUAUUGUUUUGCAUCACCGAUAGUUGUAAAACUGGAAUGAAACAUUUUUUAGGUUGAAAAGAAUAAAAAAAAUCCAUUUUCAUUUUUAGCCAAUAAAAGUUACAUGUAAAACGUGUUGUAGUCCUUUUUUGUUGGUGUAUUAAAAUGUUAUUCUCCUAUUGAAUUGUAUUUUUGUGAUGAUUUGAUCUGGGCAGUGAAGGAGAGUACUUGUGGUAUCACAAAAUAUCAUAAUGCAUGAAAGGUCGACCAGUGGCUUCAGGGGUCACCUUUUUAUUAUAAGUUAUUUUUUUAAACUGUAAGGGCAAUUUCAUGGAAAUAAACAUAUUCUGAUAUAGAAUAAUGAAACUGAA